AUGACAGAUCUGAGCCCAAACUAUGACGACGUCUGGGCAAGAUACUUUGACUUCAAAGAGGACGUGGAGCUGCCAAAUGGAGACACGUUUUGUGUCUACCGCGCAGGCUCGCUAGGCCCACACGUUGUGCUGCUUCAUGGCGGAGGUUACACAUCCAUGACCUGGUGUCUAGUGACAGCGUUGCUGAAAGAAAAUUGCACGCUCCACGCCUUCGACUUACGAGGUCACGGCCAUACGCAAACGGCGAACGACGAAGACUUAUCUAUUGAAACAUUAGUCCAGGAUACGCUUCAUAUUCUACAACGCGUGAUCUCUUCGACAGGUCCGACGACCGGCGAAGCUGCUAACUCGAAAGAGCCGCAAAUUAUCAUCGUUGGUCACAGUCUGGGUGGUGCACUUGCCGUUCGUGUUGCUGCAACGGGCAAGGUUCCGUCUUUAGUGGGCGUCAUGGUAAUCGAUGUUGUUGAAGGCACGGCCAUGGCAUCGCUAAAGCACAUGGGUGCCAUUCUUGAGAGACGUCCAUCUUGUUUUCGUUCGCACAAGGAAGCUAUCAACUGGGCACUGCAUAGCGGUACUGUCCGCAACAUGGAAGCUGUUGAAGUAUCAAUCCCGUCACAGCUGAAGCAACUCGACGAUGGCUCGCUAGUCUGGAAAACGGACCUUGCGAGUAGUGCCAAGUAUUGGCAUGACUGGUUUUUUGGACUUUCGAAGCAGUUUUUAUCUUUGAAGGAAGCCAAGGUGCUGAUCCUUGCCGGUUCCGAUCGUUUGGAUACGGAGCUGAUGCGAGGUCAAAUGAUGGGCAAGUUUGAGAUGAGAUUAAUGUAUUCUUCAGGACACGCAAUUCAGGAAGAUUGUCCUCACGAAAUUGCGAAUGCCAUCAGUGACUUUACCGGCCGUUGUGCUCGUGCUGUUAGCGGAAACAUCUUUGGUCCUGACGGCGUGCCAAGGCAAUCUAACGAGGAUCCAGUUUUAAUGGAGCGACUCGCCAAAGCACGUGCUUUAAUCCCGACAGUGGAUUCAUGUCCGUCUGUUCUACCUGCUGUUCAUCCUACUACAAAUACAAUGAAGCUUCCACCUCGCUAA